GGAGGACGGCUCCGACGCGCUCCUGCGGAUGCUCUGCUUCCGGGGCAUCCCGGACGGCUCGGGCCUGCGGCCGCAGGCGUGGAAGGUGUUGCUGGGGUACCUGCCGAUGGCCAGGCACUCCGAGUGGAGCGCGAUCCAGGGCGAGAAGCGCGCGCUGUACGCCAGCUACCGGAGCGAGCUGCGCGCGGAGGACGAGGGCAGCAAGGAGCUGCUGCAGGAGAUCCAGAAUGACGUCGACCGCACCAGGAAGGAUUUCGAGUUCUUCACGAGGCCGGCGACACGCCAGGCGCUGCAGACGGUGCUUUUCAUCUACGCCCGGCUGAACCCUGGAGUCCGGUACGUUCAGGGCAUGAACGAAGUCGCCGCAGUCCUCCUAUACGUGCUGUCCGGGGACGCGGAGACCACAGGGAAGGGGAGAGGCGUGCUUUACGUAGUUCUCACGUAA